GCUGUGGCUCCAUCAGAACUUUGUAGAAAACGUUUCGUUGCCUUUUGAAACGGGAUGGUAGUGAAUACAACUCAACCAUUAAUGUGCAAAAGGUUAACCUAAUUGCUAUUAAAUCUCUCUAUCAGUUUCUGGAUUGGAGGGCUCAGGUAGCAGAUCUUUGCAUGACAUAAAGAUUGGAAGAUGUAUUUAUUUAUUUAAUUGGAAUUGAGUUCUGCAUUGAGUCCACCUAAUAUUUAUUAAUAAAAUUAGUGCUAGAAAUUGAUUGGGAUUAUAUUCGCCUGUGUGCUUUUCAUGAAAAUGGAAGUUCAGUUUUAUGAUGAAAUAGAAUUUGAAACGAUUUCUCUUGAAGUACCUCGCGAUGUAGUUGUGUACAGUUUCAUUGCUCAGAGAUCUCUUACUUAUUUGGACUUAAGUGCAUGCGAGAAUACACUUCGAAUGAAAACUCCCUUCACAGAAGAACAAUGUAGAAAGUUGAUGGAACCAAGAAGGCAGAUUCUGUACACACUUCAUUUAGAUCUACCAACAAACUUGGAAGGCAGUUUGAGAGACGUUGCACCUAACGCAGAUGACACUGAAGAAUGCGAGACAUUUCACUUGGGAGUAAUAUUUGUUUGCGAAUGUCUAUAUACCCGCGAUCUUCAAAACUUCAUUAUUAAACCCAUCGUAUCAGCAAAAAACAAAAUGGAGAAGCUGAGAAAAUAUUUGAAAGUAAUUAAGCUUCUGAAACUCAACACGUGCAAGAAGAAUGUUAUAUUUUUAUUCGAGAACCUUAUAUUCGCUUUGUAUCCAUACUGCACAGACUCGAAUCUUGUGGUAGAAUUCGCUAUUACGUGUAGAUUUGAUUCUUGGAUCUUUUACAGAGAAAACCCAAUACUCGUUGGUUAUGUCCUACACCACGCAAUGCAAGUCAGAUACAAUAUUUGGCAAGUGUCUGACUGGGGGCUGGAUCCCGUCAAUGGUUGCAUCUUAUUUCAUAGACCAGGAAAUAUAAGCACGCUUCUUGAGUAUGGUACUGUUUUCCGCUUUCAACCCCGAGGUUACUUGGAAGUCUUCAGCGAACUUUUGGAAAGCAGAAUAUUAAGACGUCUUCUUCGAAAAAAUAUUGCUAAUCAAAGACUUUUCUUACUACUACAACUGUUCUACUAUGUGACAUUUCAUUAUCCUUUUUGGCAUGGUCUACUUUACAUCUGGAGGUCCAUUCCCGACCCAUAUCUCAGCAGAAAUGAAAUCCAUUUCCUUUUUGGAAAUGUAAUUUCGCCAAGAAGACUGUAUAGCAUGAUUGGGUAUUAUAAAUUUUACAUUAUUGAAGAAACUGUUGAGACAAAUGACAUUAUUCCGAGGUCUCUGCAACAUCUGUGUAGAAUUGCUGUUCGAAGCUAUCUGAAUCUUAAUUAUCAACUACCCUAUGGAAUCUACCAAUUGGGAAUGGCACAUUCAUUAAGAGAAUAUUUAAACCUUAGAUGUUAAUAAUUUAGUAAAUUAUUUAUAUGAAUAAUUUAUAAUGUAUUGAUACCUCGCUUUGCUCUUGUAUGUAUAUUUUUUAACUUAUUUCAUAAGCAAAGCAUAUAUUUUAUGUAAUCAACUUUUUAUACACUUGUUAAACCUUAAAAAUUACUUUUCAUAAAUUUGGAAA